CUCAUGACCAUCAACAAACACGCGACGUGUCGACUCCUUACCAAACGCUACCAUGAGCUUCCCAAAGAUUAACGGGUUCCAGAUUUACGAGACACUCGGUGGAGGCGGUUUUUCAACUGUAUACAAAGCAGUACAUGUAGAAGACGACCGAGUGGUAGCUUGCAAAGUCAUACCACUGACAGAACAAACGACAGAGAAGGAGAGAAAGGACGCGGAGAAAGAGAUGAGAAUUCAUUCUCAACUCAAACAUCAACACGUUCUCGAGUUUUAUAAUGGUGCCAUCUUGGAACCGAGGCCACCAACUCGAUAUAUUCCUGGCUUUUAUAUGAUGUUGGAACUUGCCGCUGGAGGUGAUUUUUUCGACAAAAUAGCUCCAGACGUAGGGGUCUCGGACGAAGUGGCCCACCUUUACUUCAACGAACUACUCUUAGGAAUGCAAUACAUUCAUGGCGAGGGCGUCUGUCAUCGUGAUCUUAAACCCGAAAACCUCCUCCUGGAUGCUGCAGGAACGUUAAAAAUCGGUGAUUUUGGCUUAUCGGCCGUGUACAAACUCAAGCAGACUGGUCAAAAGCGAAACCUUUCAGAGCAAUGCGGAAGUCUUCCGUACGCCGCACCCGAGAUGAACUUGAAGAAAACCUAUUCGGGAGAGGCAAUUGAUGUAUGGGGUAUGGGGGUUAUCCUUUAUACCCUUCUAGCAGGCAAUACACCUUGGGACAAAGCGGCACCCUCUAGCAGUGAAUUCCGGGCCUACCUAGACGGAUCGAUAUUUCAGGAAGAUCCCUGGAAUCGGUUUAGUGCCGAUGCACUCUCUUUAUUACAAGGUCUUCUCGAUGUGAAUCCUUCCGAGCGCUUGUCGAUAUCUGGCAUUUCCAUGCAUCGGUGGUGUAUGAGGCCUAGUCAACUUGCCCGUAAAAGUGCAGCAGAGUUGGCAGAGAGACUUACAGAGUCGCUAAGGAUCAAUGGUGAUAUGGGCUACGUCUCCGCGGUUUCUGGCGAACUCUACGAAGUCGACAACGAUGGCGACUCAGCUAUGCAUUCCCAAUUUACUCAGUCAUUGAUGCUUUUCUCGCAAACCCAAUCCGGAACGCGGUAUACCCCUCAUCUGACGCGUUUCUAUGCAAACUUGGGGCCGGCAAUCCUCCUCGAGCUUGUCGCUGAAAGCCUAAAAACUCUUGGGGUGGAAUACAGGAAACCAAAAAGUAAUCCUGAAGGCAGGUUUAGGCUGCGGAUUGGUGGUUAUGAUCGGAGGAAGGAGAUGUUUAAAGGGUGGGUUGAGGUUGAAAACUUUACGUUUAGGUCUUAUGAAGGAAGUUAUGUGGUUAUGCAACGAGAUUUGGGAAACCCGAUCUCGUGGAGACAGCUUUGGAAGGCCAUCAUAGUAUCGCCGGAGGUCGAACCGCAUGUUUAUAAGAAGAACUAGCUUUUUU